CAUGCCUCUAACUUUUGUUAACUUUCCAAAGCAUUUUUCAUCUUCCAUUCACCAUUGUCCAUUGCCUCACUAACUGGGUAUAUAUCUUUAAUUUGUCAUGUCCUAUUAGCCAUAUUCUUUUGUACCGACACUCCUUUUCCCUCUCUUUAUAUUUUGUUUUAAAGAGAAGGUCAAAAAAGAAAAGGCUUAAUUAGUGUAGUACUACACUCCUCUUAUUCAAGCUUAGAAUUGAUGAAGGAAGGUGGUGGUAGAAAGCAAGGUGCAGCCUCACCUUGUGCUGCAUGCAAGCUUCUGAGGAGAAGGUGUGCUCAGGAUUGUGUUUUUGCUCCAUAUUUUCCAGCAGAUGAACCACAAAAGUUUGCAAAUGUGCACAAGGUGUUUGGUGCUAGCAAUGUCAACAAGAUGCUUCAGGACCUACCGAUGCAUCAACGAGGGGAUGCAGUGAGUAGCAUGGUGUAUGAGGCCAAUGCCAGAGUCCGAGACCCUGUUUAUGGGUGUGUUGGGGCCAUCUCUUCGCUUCAGCAACAGAUUGAUGUGUUACAGACCCAAUUGGCCCGGGCCCAGGCUGAGGUGGCCCAUCUUCGGGUGAGACAAAACAGAUGCUUUUCCAAUCAUGGGCUUAGGCCCACUAGCCCAACCCAUAGUGGGUUUCCAUCAUCCAAGACCUUGGACUCACAUGCCAAGCCUAUUUUUGACAUAGACAUGGUGGACCAGGCCAGCUAUGGUGGUUCAAUGUGGUCAUGACCUGGAAAUUAUUAAUUUCCAGCACCUCCCAUUUGCCUUCCUCUGCACUAUUUCAUAAUAUAUAUAUAUAUUUUUUUACAUUCUAGAGAGAUAAUUUCACAAUGUAAUUUUGUAUUUUGGAUUAGGUGUUCUGAAAGCUUAAGAGAGGUGCAGGAAGCAACUGCCUCUUGACUUAUAUGCUAAAUACAAUUAUUAUAGUAUAGUUAGUAUAUAUCUAUUAGUCGAGCAUAGAAAGAAAAAAAAAACAAUUUGGCCUACACUUCCACUAGAUGAGUGUUGGAGCGGUGCUGCCCGGCGGUGGCAGGGGUACUGCAGGCGGCGGCCGGGGUACUGCAUGGUGGUGGAGGAGCUGUGGUGGAGGCGUUCGCCCGCUUAAUUAAUUUAAUUUUGGUUUUUGGGGAAAUGUUUUUCAUUGAAGGUUACGUGUAAAUAUAUUGUUGUUACUUUGUAUGAGGACAAGUUUAUGGCGUGAUAUUUGGACUCUUUAUGACAAAUAAGAAAUAAUGGAGGCUUGGGAACUCUGUUGUGUUAAUUAGGAUUAUUAUGAUUGGCUUUUUGCAACAUCAAGAAUGAACCAAGAGGCUUUUACAUGGAUUUUGAUAGGCAAGGGUUCUUUCUAU